AUGUUCUCCAUGUCCCUUCUUCGCCAAAUGCCAGCCGACGUCCGCGAGUUCUGGGACUUUGCUGCCUACGUCUUUAUCCGUCUGUCGAACUCCAAAGUUGCCCUGAUUGUCGGGAACGUGGCAAUCCGUUCGUACACUUUGUAUCUCAAGUCGAUGGCCAUCCCGCAAACUACUGUCUGGGCGUUCGGGGAAAGGCGGUACGCUUCUGAAAUGCCACUAGCAUGGCUAGAGACAUCGGCCAACGGUCGUGUCAUCCAUCGCAUCAGUUUCGCCAUCAACCAUCCAGAAGCCUUCAACCGGAAUCGUGGUUCGGUAGUUACUGACAUACAACGGAGGUACGCUUUCAGGGAGAGAAUCAUCGAUUUUUGCCAAGCUAAGCUGUUCGGACACAUUCAUCUGCCCGGCUUUUUGUCGACUACUUCCUACGUCUUUCAGUUAUCAACCGGCAGCAUACUUCCAGUGAAAUCUCUAUUCGAACACAAGAAAGGGAACGACACGAUUAAGGACCAUUUCAGCGGGCCAACCCUCGACAAUGGCUCCUUGGAUAAAACCAUGGAGAGGAUUACUGGCCUCAGUGUCGAACAGCAGUUGGCUAUCAAGGCCAUCCGGAAAUCAGUGAACGUAAAGCCGGCUGAUGCGCUAAGCUAUUGGAAUCGCGCCGAUGUCAAGCUUAAGUAUGCCGGAUACAUUGUGACCUACGUUCUGUUGACCACUACGUGGCGGAACCAAAAGGCGUCAACGGUGUCGAGGACCAGAGCGACUGCUGACCAGCAACCACCGGAGAUACAGGAGAAAAGAAGGCUUCGGCACAACGCUCGGCAGGUCUCGCGUGCGUCCUAA